AUGUGGGAAUUUGACGCCUUCAUAGAAGAAGGAGACGAAGAUUUCGCAUCGUAUGUAGAACGGUUUGAGCACUAUUGCAAAGUAGCCGGCGUACAAGACGAAGAACUUAAAAAGUCAGCCUUCAUCUCUGCCAUAGGAAAGAAAGCGUACAAGACGCUCAAAGACCUUCUUCUACCUGCGAAACCUGAAAAGAAGACGUUCGAGGACUUGGUGAAAGUGCUGAGUGGUCACUACGAGCCUUCAAGUCAAGUCAUUGCGGAGCGUUUCAAAUUUAACAGGAGGUACCAAGGAGAAGGGGAGUCCGUCACGGCAUUUGCAGUCACGCUGAAGCACAUGGCAGCCAAGUGCAACUACGGUACGUUUCUCGACGACGCUUUACGGGACCGGUUCGUCGCUGGCUUACGGAAUUCCACCAUUCAGACGGGUUUACUGAAGAGGAGGGAACUGACGUUCGAAUCGGCCAGCGUUUUUGCUAAGAGCGUUGAGCUAGCGGAGCGGGAGUCGAGGGGAUUCCGACCAACUGCGAAUACGGAUGCCGACAUUCACGCUCUAAAGAAGACGGGGAAGGAACUGGAGUUUGCCAGCAAGCCGAAGAACAGUUCAAUGCAAAGCUGCUAUCGAUGCGGUCAAGAGCAUGACGCCCGUUGCUGCCGUUAUCGUAAGUUCAAAUGCCAUCUUUGCAAGCGCGUGGGACAUUUGGCGCGCAUGUGCAGAUGCAAGCAACCGGCGCCUGGCGCCGUCCACAACGUGAGUGACGAAGCGAGCGGAAGCACAGAGCUGCUGCUGUACGGUGUGUAUCUGGUGGGCAUGGAACAGCCAUAUGAAGUUGAAGUACAGAUAGCCGGCCAGCUUGUGAAGAUGCAAGUAGAUACGGGCGCAGCCGUAUCCCUCGUUCCGGAAUGCGUUUACCAGCAGCUAAAGCAGCCGCCGCAGCUUGAGAAGUGCGAGAUGAAGCUCAAGACUUACGGCAGAGCGACGCUACAAGUGAAAGGCCAAGCGGAGGUUUUGGUCGAUUAUAAGAGACAGCGGAAAGUCCUGCCAAUCAUCGUGGUACCAGGAGAGAAGCCAGCACUCCUAGGCCGCGACUGGAUUGCGAACCUCGGAAUGGACCUAAACAGCAUUCACGAGGUGCACGCACAACCGUCUGUCGACAGCAUCCUGUCAAGGUAUGCCAGCGUUUUUUCACCUGGUUUAGGGUUGAUAAAGUGUUACCAAGCAAAACUGGUGCUUAAGGAAGGAAGCAUGCUAGUCUUUUGCAAGGCGUGGUCUCUGCCGUGUGCCAUUCGUGAACCUGUCGAGCAUGAGCUAGGCAACUUGCAAAAGGAGGGCGUACUGGUGCCCGUAAACCGCAGCGACUGGGCCACGCCGCUGGUAGCUGUUCACAAGCCAGACGGCACAAUACGAUUGUGUGGAGACUAUAAAUUGACGGUGAAUCCAUGUGUGAAGACCGACCAUUACCCACUGCCCGCGGUGGAGGAUUUGUUCACGACACUGGCUGGGGGCAAGGUUUUCACCGUUCUGGACCUUUCGACGGCAUAUCAGCAAAUCGAGGUGCACCCUGACUCGCAACCCUUGCUGACUAUAAACUCUCACAUGGGGUUGUUCCAGUAUGUUCGAAUGCCGUACGGAGUCUCAAGUGCACCUGCAGUUUUCCAGGCAGUCAUUAACGAGCUGUUAAAAGGACUACCGGGAGUGGUAUGCUACCUCGACGACGUCCUCAUCACGGGAGCAUCGCAUACCGAAUGCCUGACCCGGGUGGAAGCAGUCCUGCAGGCUUUCAGGGACCACGGCGUAAAAGUGAGAAAGGAAAAAUGCAAGUUUUUCUUGAAUUCUGUCAAAUAUCUUGGGCAUAUCAUUGACGAAAAUGGUGUGCACCCGUGCGUCGAGAAGGUUGAAGCCAUAAGGGAAGCACCCACACCUAAUAACAUCAGUGAGCUUAAAGCGUACCUCAGCAUGAUAACUUUUUACUCCAAGUUCAUGCUAAACAUGUCUUCGAGGCUAAAGCCUUUGUAUGCACUGCUUCAGAAGAAUAAGAAGUGGGUCUGGUCUGCAAAAGAAGAAAAAGCCUUCGCGGAGAUGCAGCACACCAAGACAUCACCUUACCACCCAGCUUCAAAUGGCACGGCGGAGAGGCUUGUCCAGACCGUCAAGCGAAGCUUCAUCAAACAGCUACGGGACGAGCAGAACGCGGGAGUGACUCAGACGAUGCAACAUCGGGUAGACCAGUUCCUGUUCACCUACCGAAACACACUGUGUUCGACGACCGGUAAGACGCCAGCCGAACUGUUUCUCUCAUGGAGGCCACGCACGAGGCUGAGCAUCUUGCAUCCGGAGCUAGCGAAACGUGCCGAAGCAAAUAUAGUUCGAAGACAGGGCCAGGAAACCCAUACUUCAUGGAGGGAGUUCGAGGUUGGCGACAACGUUCGUGUGCGAGGAAACCGACCGAGUGAUCCACGUUGGUUGAAAGGAACAGUUGUGCGACGAGUUAGCAAAGGAACAUACAUAGUCCGAAUCGAAGACCACGAGCGCUUUCUGCAUGCGGACGAUAUUGUUCCUAACACAUGUCUUGCUCCUCUUCCCAGAAGCGUGUGGAUUCCUGAGCAAACCCGCAUGGCACAGCCGGGUUCCACUCCGUCACAAAGCGACAGCGACACCGCAUCGCCGCCGGACGGGCCUGCACCAGAGCAACGACUUCCGCCACCUGACCGAGCCAGCGUGACGGAACUGCCAUCACAGCAGGCGCCUGACGCCAGCUCCCAAGAAAACGUCGCGCCACCUGAAUUGCGACGAAGCACAAGAAUUCGAAAGCCUCCCGAACAUUUUGGCUAUGCUGCUAAAUAA